CUCUGAGGCAGAACAACAAGAACGACCAGGCUGACAUGAAUAUAACACUUGUGGAAGCUCGUAGUCUGUAAGGCAGUGUGAGAAUCGCGAAGAACACAGCAGCAAGCUGCAGCAGUAAAACAACCAGGGCACUCGCAAGGACUGAGAACACUACAGAGAAAAAGUGGAAAACUGCAAUAGGCUACUUAAAGGAAUGAGCAGCAAAUGAUCGAAACAAAUACAGCAACUUGAAACUGAAAAGAAUGAAAUCCAAAGCUAUUCAAUAUAAGAGUCUGCGGAAGAAGCAAUGAUCCGGAAAACUGUCUGCCACCCCCCACACACACUACAAUUAAUUUGAUACAGCGAAAGUUGUCUCGGCAGCAAGAUUGAGAAAUACUGAAAUGUUUAAUGGAAAGCCUUGGCGGGGCUGAAAAGUUUCGAAGAAGUGAAUUUGAAGGGAAAAAUUAGGUGUGCGAAUUUAACACAGGAAAACAGCAAAGGUAUCGAGACUGAAGCAAUAAUGAUUUCUGAAUUGAAAACGCUACAAUCAAAAACGAUUCUGAUCAGGGCAAACUCGGAGACUUGCGGCUAAUCACCACUCCGAACCUAAAUACUAACUUGUUAAGUACUGGCUCCAAAGCUAAAAAUAAUGUGAAAGAUUUUAAAGUUUCACGCACUGUGCCAAUGUUUGCUGGGAGCAUUGACAAUAUGGAUCACGAGCUUUCUUCAGGCUCUGUAUUAAUAAUGGGGCAAAGCUCCAUCUAGUGGACAAGGUCUAACACUACAAAAAAGAUUCAACACGAACAUGACUUUAAUCGCUCUUCCAGCUGAAAUGCUCAUCAGCAAUGGGUGCGUCAAAACAGACCUCAUUGAGAGUCAUUAUAAUUACACAGGGAAAUUCAACAAAAAAGGAAAACCUAACAAUGGGAUAGACCUAACUACUGUGGCCUUUCUGAUCAUCUGCAGCUUCAUCGUGCUUGAAAACCUUAUGGUUCUCCUUGCCAUUUGGAAAAACAACAAAUUUCAUAAUCGCAUGUACUAUUUCAUUGGUAAUUUAGCCCUAUCCGAUCUUCUGGCAGGAAUAGCUUACAAAGUAAACAUUCUUAUGUCUGGAAAUAAAACGUUUGGCCUCACGACAACUGUAUGGUUCAUCAGGGAAGGAAGUAUGUUUGUAGCAUUGGGAGCCUCCACCUUUAGUUUGCUAGCAAUAGCAAUCGAGAGACACAUGACUAUGAUAAAAAUGCGACCCUAUGAUGCUAGUAAAAAAUACAGAGUUUUCCUCCUCAUUGGUGCUUGUUGGCUGAUAUCCAUUUUACUCGGUGCCUUGCCUAUCCUCGGUUGGAAUUGUAUCUGUAACUUCUCAGACUGUUCCACAGUCCUGCCACUUUACUCCAAAACAUAUGUUGUCUUCUGCAUCAGCAUCUUCAGUGCAAUUUUGUUGGCCAUCGUAAUACUUUAUGCUCGUAUUUAUAUAUUGGUUAAGACAAGUAGCCGCAAAGUUUCAAACAGAAAAUUUACAAAAAACAAUUCAGAGAAAUCGAUGGCUCUGCUGAAGACAGUGGUGAUUGUUGUAGGAAUUUUCAUUGCAUGUUGGUCCCCACUUUUCAUUUUCUUGCUCCUUGAUGUAGCUUGUAAACCAAAUAAGUGCAGUAUAUUGUAUCAAGAGGAUUGGUUUAUUGCAGUUGCAGUCCUCAAUUCUGGCAUGAAUCCCAUCAUCUACACUUUGGCAAGCAAAGAGAUGCGUCGGGCUUUCUUCCGACUUCUUUGUGGCUGUCUAGCCAGUACUAAAGUCUCCAAGGCCUUACCAAUUAAGUUAACUGCAGAUAACAGCAAAAACAAUUCCAGUGGCAGUAAUUCACAAAAGAUGAAGGAAGGAGAGCUGUCACAAAUCAAUACCCCAUCAAAUGUAAUCAAAUCUGUGAACUUAACAACUCCCAAUGGAGAAUUUUAACCUUUGGAGGCCUUCACAAAUUAGUAAUUCCUAAUUCUUAUUUUCUUGGAACUCUUAAUUUCCUCUGAAACAGAUAUUUCAUUUUGUAGUUUCAGGUUAUGAAAUAAUUCCAGACUUCUGAUAUCUUUAACAUUGAAAUCACAAGUUAAAUGUUCUUGCAAUACAUAUUGUACAGAAGAUUUUAUCAAACAUUCCCAUAAAAUUCCAUUAAUUCAGAACUUCAAAUAUGAAGUUUUCUUUGGCAUUUCAGAAUAUAGUGUUAAUCAGAAAUUCCUCUCUCUGCUAUCUUAAUUUAAAAUUUAUUAGUGUGACCUCUGAUGAAACAGUUGAGCAAGAAAUUUGAGCUCGGUGUGUUAAUAUUUGUGGUCUAUAUUCUCAUAAAAUAAUUUCAGGAGAUUCCACUAAAUUUAAUUCUUCUCCAUAACGUUUGAAGCAGCAUUUAAUGCCUUUGACAAUGAUCUGGAAUUCCAGGCCUCAUUACCACUGUGAAACUAUGUUAUUAAAAUUAGUAGCAUGCAAUUUCUUCUCUCCAUAAAAUAGCAGUGUUAGAUAAUUCAACCUUUUCCAGAAGAUCUAGAAUUCCUGAAAUAUCAAAACUACUUUCUCAGAAACAUAUUUCUUGACUGUAUAAACAUUUAACAUGCUUAUUCCAACUCCCUCUGUAAAACUUAUAUACACAAAUGGUUUCAUUAAAAAUCACUGAAUAAUUUAUCAAAUGUUCCUAUGGGACACCACAGAAAACAUAACUUGUUCAACAAUGGUGGAGUAUAAAACAGGUGACAUGUCUUCCUAUUUUUAUUCCCAUUGGACAAAGAGAUUUAGUAGAAUGGUAUCACUGAGAAUUCAGUUUUGUGGGGAGCCUAGAGAAGCUGUGAUUGUUCUCAUUCAAGCAGAUAUAUUUGAGAGGAGUUUUAAUGAAAACAUUCAAAAUUAUAUAGACCUUUGAUACAGCAUGUGAGAGAAAGUGUUUCUAAUAACAGCAAUUGUGACAAAAAGAUUUAAAAUAAUUGGCAAAAACAAAACAGGAGAUAAGGAGAACUUGUUUAUGUGGCAGGUCAUUACUAUCUGGAAUAAUCUGCCUGACAGGGUAAUGGAAACAGAUUGCAUAGUAACUUGGGCCCAUACUUGAAGAGAAAACAUUUAUACAACGAUAAGGAAAGAAUUAUUGGAAGUGAGACCAAUUACCCAGCUUUUUCAGAGAACCAGGUUGAAAUGUCAUCUUUCAUCUUAUCUUAAAUAGGAUUCUAUUGCAUUAUCAAAUAGUUGUGUAACACUAUUGUUAAAAUUCAAUAUCGAUCACAGUGCUUUUAAAAAGUACAGAGUUAGAGAUUUAUGAAUUGCUUAACAGUCAAUACAUGUUCUUCUAUUUGAGCUGAUCUGUCUCUUUUCUAGUAUUCUGAUUGUAAAUAAAUGAUCUUAUGCAGCUAUGGUUAUUUUUGAAGCAAUCUGAUUGUUUGACACAUUUAAAGUAAAAAAACUGGCUUAAGGAAAUAAUUUUGAGAAUGCAAUAGUUAAAUGUCAUCGAACUAUAGCUUUGUUGUUGCCUAAUUUAAAUGAAUAAACAAGAUGCUUAUCUUAUCUUAGGAUACUAUGAAAGAAACCAUGGACAUGCUGAUCCCAGUCCUAUGGCCUUAAUCUUUUAGACCAGCAUUUAAAGGAAGACCUUGAAAUUACUUUCCUCCAAUGGGUUUGAUUUAGUUGAGCUUAUUUGAAGGACCAACUACUGAAAGUCUGAUUUCAGUUUAUCACUGGCUGAGAUUUUUCAAUGGAUGAUAAAGUGCACCAUUGAGAUUACAAUUAUGCUACAUCUGCAGAGGUAAACUACUUAUUUAGACAUAUUUGACUGCAAGUAAUGCAGAUUGAUAUUUUUCACAAAUGCAUAAACAUCCAAAUCAAUUGUGAAUGACGAAUACACUUCUCAACAACAAAUCCAAACAACAAGAUACAACAUGCUCAGAGACUCUAACCACACUACCAUACAUCAAAGACACCAAGAUAAAAGCCAUGGUCUCCUUCCAUGGUCUCCCCCAUUCACAUCAAUUAACAUCAACCUGGCCAAAGAAACACUGACCUCACUACUAGAUGAACCAAGGACACAAACACCAGACAGCACCAACUCCAUCAGCAAGGACAGCAUUCUCAAGCUAGAAGACCUGUGCCUUACUACCCACUUCACCUUCAAGGGCAAGACCAACAAACAAAUCAAUGGGACACGCAUAAGAUCACCAGUAUCAGGAUUCUUAGCAGAAGCAGUGAUGCAGAGACUAAAAUGAACAUCCCUUCCCACAAUCCAACCCAAAUUUUGGGUCCGCUCUAUGGACGACACCUUUGACAUCAGGAAAUGGAACAAAUUAGUGGAAACUUACAAUAUUAUUAACAACAACCUUACUGGCAUAAAUUUCACCAAGGAGGAAGAGAACAACAACAGACUUCCCUUCCUAGAUGUCACAGUGGAACGA